AUGGCCGGCGUGCACUCGCUCACUGAGGUGGCCUCCGGAGCUCUCUGUGAACGGCGCUUUCUACAGCGCAGCCCAGACAGAAGAGAAGGAGGAGUGGGAUCCACGUCAAACGAGCCCGCAGGGUCGACACAGCCAUGUCGUCGCAUUCCGGGCAGCCACCUUGUGAAAGCGCGAGGUUUUUUCAAUGUUGAUAUUGUCAGGGUGUCAGUGAUGGAGGGACAUUCAGUCACUCUAAACACUGGUGUUCAAACAAACCAACAAGAAAAGAUUAAAUGGUAUUUUAAUGACAUUCUCAUCGCUCAAAUCAGUGGAGAUCUCAGUGAUGUUUGCACAGAUGUUCAGUGUAAUGAAGAUACUGAGAGAUUCAGAGACAGACUGAAGCUGGAUCAUCAGACUGGAUCUCUGACCAUCACAAACAUCACUCACACAGACUCUGGAGUUUAUCAUCUAAAACUCAGCAGCAGUAACAGCAUCAGUGAAAAGAUCUUCAAUGUUACCGUUUAUGGUAUUGUCAGGGUGUCAGUGAUGGAGGGAGAUUCAGUCACUCUAAACACUGGUGUUCAAACAAACCAACAAGAAAAGAUUAAAUGGUAUUUUAAUAACAUUCUCAUCGCUCAAAUCAGUGGAGAUCUCAGUGAUGUUUGCACAGAUGUUCAGUGUAUUAAUGGUACUGAGAGAUUCAGAGACAGACUGAAGCUGGAUCAUGAGACUGGAUCUCUGACCAUCACAAACACCAGAAACACAGACUCUGAAGUUUAUCUUCUAAAACUCAUCAGCAGCAGCAGCAUCAGUGAAAAGUUCUUCAAUGUUACCGUUUAUGGUGUUCCUGCUACAGAACAGGAUCAAAAGUCAGUGAAGAAGGGACAAUCUGUCACUUUUGAUCCUGGAGUAGUAAGAAAACCAAGUGAUGUGAUGAGGUGGUAUUUUAAUGAGAUUCUCAUCGCUGAAAUCACUGGAUAUCAGAGUAAGAUCUGUGAAGAUGAACAGUGUAAAGAAAGAUUCAGAGACAGAGUUGAGGUGAAUUAUCAGACUGGAUCUCUGACCAUCACAAACACCAGAACCACAGACACUGGACUUUAUGAACUGAAGCUCAGCAGCAGCAGCCUUCGUCGCAUCAGCAGCGCUGUCAGUGUGAAGCGCAUCGGCGUUACUAUUCAGGUCUGUCUUCAGGAGCUGUAG